GCCUGCCAGUGUCCCUUCCUCUAAGCCCCGUCACUGAAGGCCUGAGGCCCCAGAAAGAGAGAGGAAAGUUGACUUCAGAUACCCCAGCCCCGCCUCUUCCCCCUGCCUGCUCAGCUUCCUCUCUCUACUUCCUGCUACUGCAGGCCUCUCCUCCGAGAACAGGUAGGGCCCCCGGGGACCGAGCAUCUGGCAUCUUCAGCCCCUGCUGCCUCCCUUUGGUAUGAGGCAGCUGCCCUGACCCACCCCUGCCAUGCACUGCCCACAGCCUCCUCCUCUGCCACGGUACCCAAGCAGGCAUCUGCUUCCCUCUCCCCUCCCUUCCCCUCCCUUCCUUCCUGCUCUUGCCUGGGCAGGGCACCUGCGCCUCCCUCCCCACCUCCCUCCUUCCUAAUAACACCCUGGGCUUCUGGUCAAUGGCCUAAUGUAUUUGUUUAGCUGCCUAUUAUCCAUAUGCUACACCUGCCCCAAACAAGAAUGGAAGGCCCUGAGGGGAGGAGCCUGUCCUGUUCAUCACCCUCUCUCCAGGACAGAGGCACCUAAUUCCAGCCUGUAUUCAAGGCCAGCUCAUGACUCACUGGCUUCCUGCAACCUGAGGAUGGCCCAGACAGAGGACAAGGCACCUGAAGUCCCCACAGAGGGGGUGAGGCUGGUCCCACCACAGGUGAACAAAACAGACAGGACCCCUCUAGGGGUCCUCAGCACCCUAGAGCCACUUAUUCGCCUGCAGAGGACAUGGGGGGUGUGGCAUGUGCCAGAGCUGGAUACCCAGGAUGCGGAGGCCCUUGUGGGGCUGUGGCCACUAGGGAGUUUCUUGGUCACAGGACGUGACCCCAGCCAGGUACUGGUGUUGAGGACAGGACCUUUACCAGGAGAAGUCAACACCUACCAGAUCCAGAAAAUUCCCAGAGGUGUGUCCCUGGAAUCCUCCAACCUCUGCAUGCCAGACCUGCCCCAUCUCCUUGCCUUUCUAUCAGCCAGCAGGGAUGUUCUGCCCAGAACCCUGCUCUUGCCCCCUCCCACUCUAGGGCCCAGAGAUGAACACACAGAUCCUCUGCAGAUCGGCAGGGUCCAACAGGACACCCCAGGGAAGGUGCUUUCCAUUGUGAACCGGCUCUACCUGGAGACCCACAGAGGCUGGGGGAGGGAGCAGACCCCUCAAGAAACAGAGCCAGAGGCUGCGCAGAGACAUGAUCCAGCCCCCAGGAACCCUGCGCCUCACGGGGUCUCCUGGGUGAAAGGCCCGCUCAGCCCGGAAGUGGACCAUCCUGGGCCGGCUCUCACCAGCCUCCUGGAAGAGGAGGAAGAAGAUCUUGAAGGAAAGGAGGAAGGAAGGGAGGACGACCCUGAAGAGGAAGGCCCUGAGGACGUGCUCACCAUUCACGUCCAGUCUCUGGUCAGGGCCCGGAGCAGCUACGUGGCCAGGCAGUACCGAAGCCUUCGGGUGCGCAUCGUCUCAGAUUCUGGGGGUCCCCACGGGUCUGGGGACCCGGCCACGGAGCUGCUUCAGGAUGUGCGGCACCUCCUUACUGACCUCCAGGAUCACCUGGCAAAGGACUCCUACAUCAGGGCUGUCUUUGGAAACAGGGGUCCUGGGGUCCCCAAGAAGGGCGAGGAUCCAGGCCCCGCGCUGGAGACGGCGGUGUGCCAGGCGGUGCUGGCGCCCCUGAAGCCCGCCCUAUGGACACGACUCCGCACACUCCGAGCACCUGAGCUGCGGCGGCUGCGGCGGCGACAAACAGCCCUGCGGGCGGGGGCGGGGCCUCCGGGGGCACAGGCGCCGGUACCGGAGGGGCAGAGCCCCGCCCCCGCCUUGCGGAGCCGCAUCCACGAGCGCCUUACGCACCUCCACGCUGCCUGCGCCCCGCGCCGCAAGGUGGCGCUCCUCUUGGAGGUGUGCAGAGAUGUCUAUGCGGGCCUGGCUCAGGGCGAGAACCAAGAACCCCUGGGGGCCGACGCCUUCCUGCCUGCGCUGACCGAGGAACUCAUCUGGAGCCCGGACAUUGGGGAGACGCAGCUGGACGUGGAGUUUCUUAUGGAGCUCUUAGAUCCAGAUGAGCUGCGGGGAGAGGCUGGGUACUACCUGACCACGUGGUUUGGGGCGCUGCACCACAUUGCCCACUACCAGCCCGAAACAGACCGCGCUCCCCGGGGGCUCAGCUCCGAGGCCCGCGCCUCCCUGCACCAGUGGCACCGCAGGCGGACGCUGCACAGAAAGGAUCAUCCCGGAGUCCGGGCCAACCUGCCCUUUAAGGAGCCAUGGGCAGAAGAGACUGUGCCAGGGACCAGUGACAACUAGGGGUUUCACACCCCUCCGCACACCCCUCCGUUCAUGCCUGUAAUCCCAACAUUUUGGGAGGCCAAGGUGGGAGGAUUGCUUGAGCCCAGGAGUUUGAGACCAGCCUGGGCAAAACAGUGGGACCCCCAACUCUACCAAAAA